CAACUUCUAAACUACAUCGAUUUAUCAUUCAAAAGGGGCAAAAUUUACCUUCAAAAUCACAUAUAAUAAUCCAAAAAUUCCUCUUUUUCUCAAAAAAAAAAGGGAAAAAUCUAAAAAUUUCUAAAUCUCCACUUCGCUGCUAAUCGUUGCAUCUCUCCUUUUCUUUUUCCGACAACAAAGAGAAAAGCUACAGAGGAAAAAGUUUGAAGUUUUAGACUUGUAUCGAAGAAGAAGAAGAAGCCAAAAAAAAAAAAAAAAUCCCAUUUUAUCUCUUUUUCUUUUGAUUCCUCUACAAUUUCAAUCUCUGUAGCAGUUAAAGAAGACCCAGGAGCCCAAUUGCUCCAUGGAGCAGUUUUCCUUUCUCAUAAAUGAGGCUCCUUUAUGGAGUUUGAGAUGGGUGUUGUGAAUAGGAGGGCUCCAAAUUUUGAUCUUUUGGGGAUCUAAAGUGGGAGGAGGAGAGGAGGGGAUCGAGAUUGUAAAUAAUGAGCUUUAAGAGUAGAGGAGGAGGAGGAGCAAUUGGGGGAGGAGAGGCUUCUUCUUUUCGGGGCACUGUGUCUAGGAAAUGGGCCUUGUUGCUUUGCCUUGGGAGCUUUUGCCUUGGCCUCCUCUUCACUAACAGGAUGUGGACGAUCCCCGAACCAAAAGAUAUUAUCCGGAGAACAGGGACCGAAGGAGAGAAGAUGAACCUCGUAGAUGGCGAUUGUAGUACAAAAAGUAUUGGCCAGAAGCGAGAGCACAAGGACGUUCUCGGUGAAGUUUCAAGGACCCAUCAUGCUAUACAGACACUCGACAAAACAAUCUCAAACCUAGAAAUGGAAUUAGCUGCCGCAAGGGCCACGCAAGAGUCCAUACUCAGCGGCUCCCCAUUAUCGGAAAAUGUAGAUGCUCUCGAAUCAACCGGGAAGCAGAAAUUUUUUAUGGUUGUAGGCAUAAAUACUGCUUUUAGCAGCCGCAAAAGAAGAGAUUCAGUUCGCGCUACUUGGUUGCCUCAAGGCGAGAAAAGAAAGAAGCUGGAGGAAGAGAAGGGCAUUAUCAUCCGCUUCGUCAUAGGUCACAGUGCGACUCCAGGUGGAAUACUGGAUAAGGCAAUUGAAGCAGAAGGCAGGAAACAUGGGGACUUCAUGAGACUCGAUCACGUCGAAGGGUAUCUUGAACUAUCUGCGAAGACCAAGAUAUACUUUGCUACAGCUGUGUCCAUGUGGGAUGCAGAGUUCUACAUCAAAGUAGAUGAUGAUGUACAUGUAAAUAUAGCUACUCUUGGAAAUACUUUGGCAAGGCACCGUUCAAAGCCUCGUGUUUAUAUUGGAUGCAUGAAAUCCGGUCCUGUUCUAGCGCGAAAGGGGGUGAGGUAUCAUGAACCUGAGUACUGGAAAUUUGGAGAGGAAGGAAACAAGUAUUUCCGCCACGCUACUGGUCAGCUAUAUGCAAUUUCAAAAGAUCUGGCGAUAUACAUAUCCAACAACCAGUAUGCUUUCUUUUUUAAUAUGUUAUUUAUCGCCGUAACAAAAACUGCUAAUUGUUGUUCAAUUCACCUCAGGCAUAUGCUCCACAAGUACGCUAAUGAGGAUGUGUCGUUGGGGUCGUGGUUCAUUGGAUUAGAUGUGGAACAUAUCGAUGACCGGAGACUGUGUUGUGGUACUCCGCCUGACUGCGAGUGGAAAGCUCAGGCCGGCAACAUCUGUGUUGCCUCGUUCGAUUGGAGCUGCAGCGGCAUAUGCAACUCUGCUCAGAGGAUAAAAGAAGUUCAUCAGCGGUGCGGCGAAGGUGAAAGCGCUCUCUGGAGUGCAGUCUUCUGAUUGAAAUACAUCAAGCAGAAAUUUUUGGAAAGAAAACAUCUCGAAAAGUCGUACUCUUUAUAAGGUCAAUGUGCAAAGGCUAAAAUGCAGUUUAUUCCCCGGGAUAUAUCUAGUUCUGAAUGCUCACAGAACUGCCAAGAUCUGCACUCAGUUGGUCAUUUUGCGCGCAUAGUUUUGUUACUGUCGGCCCCUGUGGAUGCAAUUAUUGUAUCACUCAGUGCGGUAAAACGCUUGCGGAUAUAUCUGAAGGGCUUAAACUGCAUUCUAGCCAUGUGUGAAUGGUAUACAAGGUGUAUGUAUUUGCUGUUUUAGUUUCCUGUUAGAAAAGAUCCCUAGAAGAGGAAAGGAAACAGUAUAGAAAUAUAUAUGUAGAGAGGGAGAGGGAGAGGCUGUGCUCUUCCCCCACAUUCUUUGCUCAUUGAUGGAAAAGCCAUUUUUAUGAUCAAAUUCUCAUUGAACAUUCUAAUUGAUGGCUUAUUUGUAACACAAUUAAUCCUAAUGUCUCUCUAGAUUCUUUCUUUUCUUUGUUUA